AUGGGUAACUCCAGAUAUCACAGGCGGUUCGAGGUGCUCGUGCCACUUGUCGCGCUCUGGUUGGUCAUCUGCGCGCUGCCGUCCGCGCGUAGCGAAGAGGACGACGAGGGUGCUAACGCUGUAACCGGCGUAUGCGAGGUGUCGAAUCUCGCCGGCUACAAAUACGCCGUCGACCUUAGCGGCAACGGUCUCUACCUACACUGGGCUCCUAAAGGCACGACCGAAAUGGACUUCGCGAUCGAGGCGCGUCCCGGCAGCGGCGCGGAGUCCACGUGGGUGUCCGUUGGCUGGUCGGCUGGUCGAAUGGCUCCCGCCGACGCGGUCAUGGGGAACCUUGCCGGAAACAAGGUCGCGGCGUACUCGAUACAAGGCUACGACAUGGGGUCCCUCUCGCCGACGACGGCGUUUGCGUUGGCGUCGACGGCGGUCCUGACCAGCAAUGGCGGCAGCACGGUUUCCAAGUUCACUCGCACGAUCGGCGACGGGGAUUUUCCCGUGGCGCCCGACCAGAACACGCUUAUUUGGGCGUUUUCCGGCAGCGGCUCGCAGGGGCUGGAUUACCACGGCGGGAACGUCGGCAUCGUGAACAUUGACUUCACCUGCGCUAGCGGUGCCGCGCCCGCGACGGGAGCACCAGACUCCAUCAGCGGCGGCGGCAGUGGCAGCAGCUCCGGUUCCAGCAGCGGCGGCGGCGGCGGCGGCGCUUCGUGCCCGGCUUCCUCGCUGACGGGAUUCGACUAUCAGGCGGAACUCACCCCAGGCCUGCUCCUCCAUUGGAAGCAAGCUUCCUCCAAGUCGCUCGACAUGGCUCUCGAAGCCACCGCAUCCGGCGGCGCCGCGGGCUCGUGGGUCUCCGUCGCGUGGACGGGCGACGGCCGCAUGGUCCCGUCCGACGCGGUCAUCGGGAACCUCCCGGGCGGCGCGGCCGGCGCGUACGCGAUCUCGGGAUAUGACGUGGCAUCCGUCUCGAAGACGUCGACGUUUUCCGUCGGCGCGGCGUCGACGGAGACGUCGAGCGGCGGAAGCGCGAUCGUGAAGUUUACGCGGAUGGAGGGGGAGGGGUCGAUCCCGAUGUCGCUUUCCGCGCCGAACGCGCUGAUCUGGGCUUAUUCCGGGAGCAGAUCUCAGUCGUUGGAUUACCACGGCAGUAACUACGGUUCUAAAACUCGCAGACGGCAAGAUGUACCCUCAGAUGCCGUCAUCGGCAACCUUGCCUCCUCCACCACCAAGCGCGCCGCAGCCACCGGCAGUGCUACAGGCGGUGGUGCUACAGUCGCCGCCUAUAGCAUUGCUGGUUACUCCGAGUCGGAUGUAGCUCCGGCAACGGCGGCCCUCCCGCUGGCCGCUACAGCCGUGGAGACCUCGUCCAAUGGGAAGACGGUGGUGAAAUUCUCGCGUGUGCUCAUGGGCGGGAAGUUCCCGAUCGACACGAGCGCGCCGACGAAUCUUAUCUGGGCGUACUCCGCUGAUGGGUCCAAAAAACUGGCCAAUCACGGCGGCAAUCGUUACGUUCUGCACUGGAAUGCCACCGGGGACAACAUCGCCUUUGCUGCGGUAGCAACCGCCGGGUGGGUCUCCCUGGGGUGGAGCGCAGACGGCAAGAUGUACCCCGCUGAGGCUGUCAUUGGCAACCUCCCUGCCACCUCCACCUCUGCAAAUUCGGGCGGCGCUACAGUGUCGAGCUACAGCAUUGCCGGCUACAGUGAGACUGACGUCACUCCGACGGCUGCGACGGGUAUUGCGCUGGCCGCUACAGCCGUGGAUUCGUCGGCCAAUGGGAAGACAGUGGUGAAGUUUACGCGCGCGACGAGCCAGGGGAAGUUUCGAUCAGUGCGACUGGGCCGACCAAGGUACAUUCUUCACUGGAAGGCCAACACGACGACAAUCAGCUUUGCUGCUGAGGUGGCAACCUCCGGUUGGGUGUCCCUCGGGUGGAACAGCAACGGCAAGAUGCAGCCGGCCGACGCAGCCAUUGGCAACCAGCCAGCUGGCAGCAACAGUGCAGCUGUCGCGCCGUACAGCAUCACGGGAUACAGUGGGUCAGACAUCUCUGCCACGUCAGCAUUCGCCCUGUCCGGGACCACAGUGGAGUCGGCAGCCAAUGGGAAGACGGUUGUGAAGUUCACCCGGCCAAUGGCGGGAGGAUCGUACCCGAUCAACACCAACGGCCCUACCACGAUCAUCUGGGCUUACUCUGCUGAUGGCUCUCAGACUCUCGCCAACCAUGGUCCCAACUGCGGAUCGGCUCAAAUCGACUUCAUCUCCGGAUCAGCCGUCUCUACCUCCUCUUCGUCAUCCUCCGUGGCUUUCAUCAUCCACGGAUGGCUGCUUGGCAUCGCGUUCGGCAUCCUCAUGCCCGCGGCUAUUCUCAUCUCGCGAAUCUUCCUCGCCGAUAAGCUCCAGGAAAAGCCGCCUGGCGUGGACCCCAUCCAAUGGGAGGCGCAGGUUGCGCGCGCGAAAUCCUGGAAGCCUAUGGCGUUCGAGACGCACAAGUGGAUGCAGAUCACAGCGGUUGUGCUCGCUAUUGUGGGGUGCAUAAUCGGAAUGGUGGAAUCCGGCUCGGUGGGUCUCAAGGGUACCCACGGCCAGCUCGGAAUCGCAAUCUUCGUGAUGAUUUUCAUCCAGCCUGUGAUUGUUGGACUCGCUUGGGUGAACACCUUCCUUGGGUUUGACGCAAUGACGGUUAAGUUCGCCUCCGACAUGCAAGUGUAUUUCAUCAUUUUCGCGAUUGCGAUCGGGCUGUUUGCGGCGAUCUACGUGGUGAUCUUCGUGGUGGAUCAGGUGGCGUUCAUCAUUGCAAGAUUGAGACCUGCAGCGGAUGAAGGACGGGAAAAGAUGUCGUUCCAGGUGUAA